AUGGAAGUACUCGGUUUCGAUGCUGGAAAUUCAAUUUUUAUGACGCUGAAGGAAUUGGUGGACAAUGCAACGGAUGCCUGCAUAAACACAAAUGGUGCUAAAAUUUGUGUGGAAAUCAAUGAUUGCUACGGUUAUGAAAUAACUGUGAGUGACAAUGGAUGUGGUUUGGAUCCCUCUUCCAUAGAAUCCAUUGGUAUACUAUUCAGUAGUGUCAAGGCUAAUAGUCAUUCCCUGGGCAGAUUUGGCCUAGGACUUAAAUCGGUAAAUUGUACACAUAAACAGAUAUUGCAAUGUAGUAAACUCAUAUCAUUCAUAACUAAAAUCGCUGCAAGCAGUGGAAUAUCUUUUAAAUUGGCGCUAGAUAAUGAAUACCAACCUUAUGUAUACAAUGUUACAGAAACAAGUGUUUGUGAUUGGAGUACCGUUAUUUCCGUCUUUAUCAAUUCCAAUAUUGAUAUAAGUGUUGUUUUAAACUCCAUAUUAGGUUAUUCAAAGAUGCUAUCAUUUCUUCACCCUGUAAUUAGCUAUUCUAUACAACAUGCUGGACAUAUAUAUGUGUACCAUAUGACACAAAAAUCACAUUUAGAACGAGUAUCUGCUUUGAUUAGUGACAUCAUCGUUAUUUCACAAAUUGAUACCACGGGUGAUUGUGGAAGUGACACUAACAGUGUUGAUGGGAUUAAUGUAACAGCAGGGUUGUUCAGUGAAAGAGUUGAAUGUAGAUAUGGAAACUGUGUGAUAUUUACUAGUGUAAAUGGGAUGCCAUUAUUGUCCAAAUAUGCCAAACCAUGCAGUAUAUAUUGCGGAUGCAGUAAAUUUAUCGAGAAAGGAGGCCACGAAUUUGGAAUAUCUCCCAGUAGAAAUUGUCCGAAAUUACCAUUUAAAUUUGAAAAUGGCCUUGAAAAUGUUGCAAGUAUAACUAAUGUUAAAUUGCCAGAGGAUGGGAAGUGGGCUAACCUAUUUAUGAUUGUUGAUGUCAAAAUUAGUGAUCCUAAGUAUGGCGAUUUGGCAAAGACGCAUAUUAAGAACGGCGAAGUCAAAGAAAGAGUUUACAUAUCAUGUGUGGAGGCCAUGACACAACUUAAGUCGCAAGUCGGUGUAUAUGAACUAGAAUCUCUGAGUAAUUACAAAACCCGAAUAGGAUUGUUUUACUCCAAACAAUUGGCACUUAAUAUCGUUAGUAUACUCAAUCAUUCCACUGAUGACUUUAGGGAACGUGUCUUCGCCUAUCUAAGAUGUAAAGGGAUCAAUUAUAAUAAUAUUAAGAGAUUAGAAACGUUAAUUGAAAAGAAGAUUAACGAACAAUUUGGAUUAAGUAGCAACUAA